CCCCUUGAGCCCGGCAGUCGGGCUGGCGGCUCCCCUCAAAGGCCACUGUGGGCCUCCCGGGCUGCAGCACCCUCGUUGGGCCGGGACACCUACACUGGCGCUGAGGCCGGCUGGCCGACCCUUGGGUGCAGCUUUCCAACGGCAACACUUGGGACCAAGGUCCUUGCUGAAUGAAAAACAAAGGCCUGUUUACAGAAGGUGGCGCCUGCAUCUCCGCUCCGUGGCCACCUGUGGCGGGGGCCACUCUGGGCACCGUGGAGGGUGCCCAUCCCGCAGGAGCGUGGCACCUGCUCCACUGGGGGCGCUCGGCCCAAGGUCCUGUGUGAGCCGCCGGGCCUCCCCGGCCACCGCAAACCACACUGGCCAGGUGCACCCGUGUCCUUGUUCCCGGCCUCCCUCCAUGCGUGCAGGGUGCCCAGUCUCCUGCCAGUUUGUAGGAGGGGUCUCAGAUACGGAGGCAAGCCUGAGCUGACGGGGGCUGGACCUUGUUCUGGGAAAGACAGUUUCCUGAAGGUGUUGUCUGCCCUGGGCAGUCAGGGAAUUCAGCCAGCCCUCCUUGGUGACCACAAGGGCCCAGGGCAUGAGGGGUGCUGGGUCAGCCGGGCGCUCGGCUGGCUGUCCAGAGCUCUCAGUCUCGCCCAGUCCAGCCCCACCUGCCUCCCCCCAGCCCUGCCUAGGUGUGGGGUGUCUGUGGCAGCAGCCCCCAGCCAACAAUAACGGUUGGUAGCAGGACUGGGCGAGCCGGCUGGGCAGGUCCUUGGUGUUCCUGUGUGCCAGGGGCCGCCCCCUCCCAGUCUCAAGGUCUCGUCCUAUCGCUGGACCUGCUGUAGUUCAGCAGGAUCCCGGGCCCCAGGAGAAGGUGAGGCCAGGCCCUCCAGCACCCGAGGGCCGAGCCCCCGUUGUCAUGGCCAGCCUGGGGAAUCCCAGGGAUGGGGAGGCCCAGGAAGAAGAGGGGGAGGAGGAUGGAGGCCCUGUGGGGCCCCGCGCGGCCAUGCUGGCGCAGGCCCAGGAGCUGUUCCUGCUGUGUGACAAGGAGGCCAAGGGCUUCAUCACCCGGCACGACCUGCAGGGCUUGCAGAGUGACCUGCCCCUCACACCGGAGCAGCUGGAGGCUGUGUUUGAAAGUCUGGACCAGGCACACACAGGCUUCCUCACUGCCCGAGAGUUCUGCCUUGGCCUGGGGAAGUUUGUGGGGGUGGAGUCAGCCCAGGGUGCACUGCCCUCUCUGGCUUCUGAGGAAACCUUUGAGUCGGGCUGGUCAGAGGUGCAAGGCACGGUGGGCUCCCUGGAGGAGGAAGAGGAGGAAGAGGAGAGAUUCUUCUCUGCACUGGAGCAGCUCGGGGUGGCCCGGGUCCUGAGCGAGCAGCGGGCGGCUCGGACCCUUUGGACCCGGCUGCAGCAGGAGCAGCCCGAGCUCCUAGGAUACUUCGAGGACGUUCUGAUUCGAGCGUCCGCCUGCCUGGAGGAGGCGGCCCGAGAGCGAGACGGCCUGGAGCAGGCUCUGAGGCGGCGGGAGUGCGAGCACGAGAGGGAGGUGCGGUGUCUGUACGAGGAGACUGAGCAGCAGCUCCGCCAGCAGCGCCAGCGCCUGCGAAGUCAGGACCUGCCCCGGGAGGAGCCGAGAGGCCGUCUGGAGCUGGACCUGCAGAGACGAGAGCAGGAGCUGGAGCGCGCGGGCCUGCGGCAGCGAGAGCUGGAGCAGCAGCUACAGACCCGGGCCGCGGAGCAGCUGGAGGCGCAGGCGCAGAACGCGCAGCUGUGGCUGGCCAACGAGGCGCUGCGGGCGCAGCUGGAGGCCGCUCAGCAGCAGCUCCGCCGCCUGGAGGGGGACACGCAGAGCCGCCAGGAGCAAGCCCUACGAGAUGUGGUUGCGGUCUCGAGGAACAUGCAGAAAGAGAAGGUCAGCCUCCUGCGGCAGCUGGAGCUCCUCAGGUUCGGUCCUGCUGAGGUCACGCCAGGGAAGGGGCUCCGUGCAGCUGCGGGCUCCCCGAUGUCCCUGAACGCUGCCUGCCUUACUGGAGCUGAACACGCGGCUACGAGACGAGAGGGACGCCUGCGAGAACCAGCAGCCGGGCCGUGGCCUCAGGAAGACUCUGGCCUCUGCCCGCCUGCCCGGGCCCACCUGCUGCUGCUGCUGCUGUAGCGACUGGACCCGACCCCCCAGACGUGGCUCAGGCCACCUUCCCAGUGCCCGAUGACCAGUGCCCCCGUGACUCACAGGGCGUUAACCUGGAAAAGCUGACCCUUGAAAGUGACUCAGCGUGGCUGGAGCUGCCCGUCCAGGAUGCGGGCCCUCCCUGUGGGGAUGUCCAGCCUGCCUGGUCACAGACAUGGAGGAACUAACCCAGGACGAUCAGGGCCCCCUGUGCCACCUUUCUGGUACUCAUCCUGUCCCCAUCCUGUCCAAUCCGUCUCUGUCCAGCAUAAGCCAUCCCCUCCUCCAAAUAAACUCCGCCAACUGCACGACAAC